AGUAUUAAAAUAAAAGUACUGUGGGUGUACAGUAGAAUUUGUCAUUAAUAAAAUUGUUAAUAAAAUAAAAAAGUGUAUUAUACAUAAUUAUUAAAAAAAUCUUAAUAUUUAUUAAUACACUUAUGAACAAGAAAAAUAUAUUUUGUUUGUAUUUCACUAUGUAAAUCAAAGAAUUAAGUCAGCGGAAAAGCUUAUGUGUAUUGUAAAAAUAUUUUUAAUUUAUUAAAGAUGGAAUAAAAAUGGAAAAGUAACGUAUAAAGAAAUCUAAUUUCAUUAAAUUAUUUUAAAAAUGUUUUUGAUCGGGAAUUAUUAAUCAUUAACACAAUGAACCUAAUGCGCAAAUUGCGUGGGGCGUCCGCCUCAACAUCUGUGGAGCCUUCAGAGAAUUCGAGCUCGUCUUCUCACAUCCAGCUGGGUUUGAUGCACCUAAAAAAACUUUUUGCCGAAUAUACCCAUCCUCCACAACCCUUGACUGAAGCAGAAAAAGAUGAUAAAUUGUAUAACAUGCUACCUCUCUUUUGCAAGGUGUUUGGUACAAGUCCAUCGAGUGAAAUGAAUGAAAAGUUUUGGGAUAUAUUAUCUUUUUGUCAACAAGUUUCAAAGCUCAUGGUGUCUGAAAUAAGGAAAAGAGCUAGCAACCAAAGCACAGAGGCAGCUAGUUGUGCUAUAGCUAAAUUUCUAGAAAUUGAAAAUUCUGAAGAGUCCAGCAAUGGUUGGAUGCUUCUCUCUACACUAAAUUUGUUGGCAGCUGGUGAUCAAUCAUUAAUACAGGUUAUGACUACUGCAGCUAUCCCCUCCACGUUAGUCAAAUGUUUGUAUCUCUUUUUUGAUUUACCGGAAAUACCCGAGUCAGAGGCAGAUGUGCAAGAUGACAACAGCGAGUUUACACCAAGAGAAAGGAGGAUACUCUUACAAAAAAUUUUUGUGCAGGUUUUGGUGAGAUUAUGUAGUCACCCUUUUCCAUGCGAAGAGCUGGCAAGGAAAGAUGAUUUAAGUUUAUUAUUCUCUGCCAUAACAGCAUGGUGUGCUCCCUAUAAUAUGAUGUGGAGAAAGUCCGCAGCUGAAGUAUUAAUGACCUUAUCUAGGCAUGGAUUGACUCAGUCUGUUGUACAUUAUAUUCACAACAAAGGAUGUGUUGGUCUCUGUAUUGAAAACAUGCAAAAAAUUCCAGAACUAACACCAUUGGAGGUAGUGGAAAUGUUUGUAGCAGUAUUUUGCUUCUUAAAAGAUUCCAGUGAAGUAAGUCAAUUACUAUUGGACGACUUUCGGUCUUGUCAAGGAUAUUUAUUUUUAUCAGAAUUUCUUCUAAAACAUGAGAGACAAGAAGUGCCCGAUUACUUAACAUCUGGAUUAGAAGAAGAACGCUUGAGCGGGACGGAAGCGCGAGCCGCUUUAAGGAACUUAGUUCUUAUGAUAUCAUCUCUCUGUGCUUGUGGGUUUUCUGAACUGAGACCCACCAGAGCUAACACAGAACUGUUCCAGUUACAAGGAUUUGUUUUACCGCAACCUUCUACACCUGGACAGGCAGUUAGAAAUGUACAAGCAUUUCAGGUACUGCAAUCAGUAUUUAUGAAAUCCAAUUCUCCAGCUCUUUGUUGUACUAUCCUCGACGCCAUAUCGAGUGUAUACCACGCAGACAACGCAAACUACUUCAUUUUAGAAAAUCAGAACACUCUCAGUCAGUUUUCAGAGAGAAUACACACAAAAAACUCGGAGAUACAAGAGAAAUUUUUUGAGCUACUCGAAUUUAUAGUUUUUCAGUUGAAUUUUGUGCCCUGCAAGGAAUUGAUAUCGCUCUCUUUGUUACUGAAAGCGAAUAGAUCGAGGAGUUGUAGUAUUUUAUGCAUGAAAACAUUAUUAAAUAUACUAAAACAUAAUGUUAUAUUCAAAGAUGUGUACCGGGAAGUGGGAAUGCUUGAAGUAUUCGUGACUUGUCUGUCGCGCUAUGCAGUAUUUCUUAAAGAUAAACAGUUAUUGGAAGAAGAGAAGACUAAAAAGGAGUCUGAUACGGCAACAGAUUCUCCCAAACCGCCAGAAAGGAAAAAAAGACAGUCUAGACAGGAUUCGCUAAUAAGAGAUCCCAAUGCGGACGAUGAGGAACAAGAAUUAGGUGCUUUGGUCAUGGAAGGCUUGACAGCUCUGUUAAACGGAAAUGUGAAUAAUUGUAACGUUUUUAGAGAUUGUGGUGGAGCGAAGUGCGUUCACGGUAUGGUUGUACACGAGUCCUGUAGAAACAAAGCUUUAGGUGUUAUAAGAGAGUUGAUAGUGAGCGGGUCUGGCGAAGAAGACAUGGCGGCGCUACUGUGCGGGAUGCAUGCAGCACCGAACGAUGCCUUGAAACUUAAGUUACAGAUAUUGAAGGCUCUCCUCGUGUGCCUGAGAGACUCCCAUCGGACUAGAACUAUUUUUCGUAAGGUUAGCGGAUUUGUAUAUGUGACAAGUGUCCUCGUUUCGCUGGAGGGAAAACUGAAAGGAAAUGAAUUAAUUGAACACGACAUGCUACAGUUAAUACAUAUUGUAUUCUACACUAUCAAUUUACUAGUUUGCAGAUUGCGAUUGUUGAGUUUGACGAUGAGAUCGCAGAACUCGUGCACUCAACCACCGUUCGUGGAAUUCGACAUGUCUGCGGAAGGAUUCGGUUGUUUGUAUUUACCGAGCAUCGCACCUCAAUCAGCUAAUCUGAAUGCACUGGGAACGCAAGACAAUGCCACUCUUGGCGGAAUUGGCUCAGGAGAUAGAGUAUUUCCACCUCAAACUGGUUUGACGUACUCAACGUGGAUUUGCGUGGAGAAGUACUCCGAUCCACGCACCGACCCGCAUUGCGUGAGACUGCUGACCUUAGUUCGAAAUAUCAACAAUAGUCGGGACGAACAUCUAGUAUGUCUCACAGUUGUCUUAUCUGCAAGGGAUAAGGCUAUUAUAGUAUCAACUCAGGAGACAUUGGUUCCACACAACGUGGGCGAGUGGGAGCCGGAGGGCGGCGGCGAGUGCGGCGCGCGCGUGUGGUGCCCCGACCUGCAGCACGAGGGCCAGUGGCACCACCUGGCGCUGCUCUUCAACCGCGCCGUGCUCAAGAACUCCUCCUUCUCGCUCUACCUCGACGGUCAGCACAUGCACUCGGGCAAGCUGCACUACGUGAGCGCGAACCCGGGCGGCGGCGCGGCCACGCUGUCGGGCGCGUCCAGCGUGUACUGCGUCAUCGGCACGCCGCCGCAGUGGCGCCGCUACUCGCGCCUCGUGUGGCGCCAGGGGCCCGCGCUGCUGCUGGAGGACGUACUCUCUGCGCAAACCAUUUCAAUAAUAUAUCAACUCGGACCACACUACGUCGGCACUUUACAAGCUCCAUUACUGCCCGGUCAGAACCAAGAGCCCCUCACGCCCUUGAUUGCUGAGGAAAAAGUUGUCUUUGGCAUAAACGCCCGUGCGAUUUCCCAGCUCACACUCGCCAAGAUACGCAAGGUUUACAGCAAAAACGAUAAUAAAGCAAUAGCAAAACAAUUGGGCAUGUCAUCGCAUGAGAAUGCGACACCUAUACGAGUGCUGCACAAUUCCGCGGGACAUCUGGUAGGUCCGGCGCGAUGUUUAGGUGGCACGGUCGUCGGAUACCUGGGUGUGAGAGUGUUCAGCCCUAAACCAGCGGCUAUCAUGAUAGAUACCGUCGGUGGAUGUUCUGUAUUACUGGGACUCAUUGCAAUGGCACAAGACGUAGAAUGUUUAUACGCGGGAGUGAAAGCCCUAGUAUGUGUAGUACGUUCGAACAAGGCGGCUCAAGCAGAAAUGGAUCGAAGAAAAGGUUACCAAACAUUAGCGAUGCUGUUGAAAAAGAAAAAACCAUUACUGAAUUCCCAUAUAUUGCAUUUAAUUUUUGGUCUAGUUGGGACAGUAGACAGUCAAAAGGAAACUUCAUCUAUUCCGAAUUUAACUGCUUUUCAGGAUUUAAUAUGCGAUCUUGAUGUAUGGUUAAAUGCGCCCGGUGGAUUAAUAAAGUCUUUAUUGGAACAUUUAUUCGAACUGGCAACAGAGACAGCUCACAGAACGCACAAUUUACGCACAAUGAGGGAACUGCAACUAGUACCUAAACUACUGUACGUUGUUAACGAUAUAAAGGUCCCUAGCACAAAAAACGUUCUCAUUCAACUAUUAGCCAAUUUACUAGGAAGUCAGCCGCGACCGAGCGAUUUACUCUGCCUCGGACAAUUUUUGGCAUAUACGCUACCACUACCUUCUCAAUCGGAACAAGGAAUAGUGGUCAAAGAGGGAGAUUCUGAUAAAGAAUCUGAAGGGGAAAUUAUAAAUCUCAGGAACAAAUGUUUAUACUUUAUACAUUGCCUAUUAUUAAUGACGAGGAAUGUUGAAAACCAAAUCGUUUGCGAGGAGAUAUCUCGAGUCCUGGGGACAGACUGGCUGCUAUGUUUCAUGCAAGAAAAUGUUCAUCCCAGCACAGUUUUGUUAGCGUUGAAGAUAUUAGUCGUGCUCUGUUCUGGUCAGGGCCAGCAGUCAGCUAUAUUACAAAGGUUUCGAGAGGGCGCGGGUAGCGGGGGCUGGCUGAGGCACACGGAGCUGGCGUCGCAGCAGGCGGGCGUGGUGCUGUCCGCCGUCGUGCACUCGCACUCGCACCUGCACACGCAGCUGCUCUACACCUCCGGGUUCACGCUGCUCGCCUGGCUGUCGCUGUUCCACCUGCAAGUGCCCGAGCUGUACUACCUGCUGUUCGGGCUGGCGCUGGGGCAGCCCAUGCAGCACGUGGGCGCCGAGCGCGCCGUGUCCGUGGAGCGCGUGUGGGCGGCGGCGUGGGGCGGCGCGGCGCCGUCGCGCACGCCCUCCGCCGCGGUGGCGGCGCGCGUGUCGCUGUGCCCCGAGGCCGUGGUCAUACUGCUGGCCACCGUGCGAGCGUUGGUCCACGCCGAGCCGGAUACGUUGCCCGACUGGCUCGCCGACCACCCCAUAUCUAUUAUACAGGUUUUGUUUUCCUUCUACAACACUUUACCGGAUUUCGUGACAUUAAUGAUGAGCGCCGAAGUUUUAACUGCAUUGGCGUCUAUUCUCUUUCCUCCAAAUACGAAGGAUGAUAUACAUAUGCCGAUCUGCGAGAGCGGCGACAGCUCGGGCGCGUCGACGCCGGGCGCGGAGGAGGCGGGCGCGGCGGGCGCGGCGCGCGCGCUCACGCAGCACGCGGCGCGCCGCGCCGUCAUGGACUUCCUGCGCGCCAUCGUGCUCGACUCGCUGCCGCUCGCGGCCACCGCCAAGGCCGCCCCGAGCGCGCCCGACCCCGUGGCCCCGUCCAUGUUUUGUACGCCCUGUAGCCCCUGCUCCGCUCCGCCAAGAUCUUACUUUUAUUGCGUGAUAGAUUUGGUUCUCGACGCGUCGCCAGCUAACUCGACGAGUCAACAACAGAUUGAGUAUCAGACAGAAGUUUUGACAACAAUCAUGGAAAAUUUAUUGAACACUGAACUAUUCGGUACCGAGUCCAACAUCUCAAAUGUCUGCUACUUGGCUGCUCGACUUGUAGAUAAGUUGUGGCAAGGACAACUGUCUAGAGACCCACAUGAGGUCUUCGAUUUCCUAGUAAAGCUUGUAACGCAGGCCAAGAAGAAGUCGUCAGUUAUGUCUCUAGAAGGGUUACAUCACUGCUUAAAUAGAACAAUAUUGUUCUUAUUGUCACGAUCUACGGAAUCUAUCGCUGACCAAAUGUCUGUGCUCGAAGCCUUACACAAGCUUACAACCAACAGGUUACUGAUAUUUGGUGCUGGGAAUCAUGAACUGGAAUUCAUCGGCUGCUUGACGUAUUGCUUACUUCAGUUGAGUGCUAACAUGAAGAUAGCUCUCGACUCGCAUAUGCGCACGACUUGGCACGUUAAUCCUAGUGGUGAUCUGGAAUCCAGAGACGACAAGUUGACAGCGCAUCAAGGUCGCAACCUGAUGGCGGGCGCGGCGCGGCGCGUGUGGGAGGAGCUGUACGCGUGCAAGAAGCCGGCCAUCGAGGAGGUGUUCCGCGCCUCGCUGGCGCCGCCCGCGCCCGCCGCGCGCGCGCCCGACCUGGCCGCCGCGCGCGCGCAGCUGGCCGAGCCCGCGCUGCGCCUGUGGCUCGCCUACCUCGACACCGAGCGGAAGGCGGUGUACCGAGUUCCGUGGGAGUUCCAUAACCAAAUUCAAUCGAAGAUUCAAAAAGUGACCGGUGGUUUAACACGUCUGGCAUCUAGAACCAAAGUGAAGAAAGAAGACUCCGCUAAGCAAAGGACUCACCUGCCGAGGGAGCACGCUCUCGCUUAUAUGCAAGACCAUGUACAACUAGUAAGGCAGGCGUGGGGCGCGGCGCUGGCGGCGAGCGCGCAGACGGCGGCGCACACGACGCGCUACGUGCAGGCGGAGUGGGGCGGCGCGUGGCGCGAGCUGACGCGCGAGCGCGGCCUGUGGGGCCCGCCGCGCGCGCCGCCGCUCGCCAAGUGGGCGCUGCACUGCACCGAGGGCCCGUGCCGCAUGCGCAAGCAGCUGCGCCGCAACCUCGCCUUCUACACGCACUACCCGCACCGCCCGCACCUCGAGCGCGCCGACAACAGACAAUUAAAGUACAAAGUAGCCCAAAGUCGAGAUAGCAAGGAAUACUACAGAAUAUAUCAACAAUGGCGCACGGCGAGCAAUGUGGGAGAAACUGACGGCUUAGAACCGGCUGAAUUUCAAACGUUUGAAGAGGAAAUACCAAGGUAUACUAUAAAUAAUUCAUCUCUCGAUGUAGCAAAUGAAGAGGGGUCACCAUCAGAUCUAGUUAGUAGUGGCGUUGUUAGCCGUGGAACAAACCAAUCAACCGAAGCAAAUGAAGAUGGUCCAGAUGCAGAAGAUGAGGACGAACCACAGCCUCCGCCGCCAGAUAAUCAAACGUUAUUAAGAUUAUUGGAACACCAUGAAAAGAUUUCCCACAUGUUCCGCUGCGCUCGUAUCCAAGGCCUUGACACUACUGAGGGACUCUUAUUAUUCGGCCGUGAACACUGUUACGUGAUAGAUGGCUUCACCCUGCUCAAAAAUAGGGAAAUUCGCGACUUGGACAGUUGUCCUGACGACUACGAUCCCAUACUACCCAGUCAAGGCAUACAGAAGAGUAAUCAGAGACAGUGUUCAAAAUUCUUAUAUGAAGAUAUAAGGGAGGUCCAUAAAAGGAGAUAUUUACUGCAGCCGAUAGCCUUGGAGGUCUUCUCAAGCGAUGGUAGAAAUUAUUUACUGGCAUUUCCGAGAAAAGUGCGAAAUAAGGUUUACAGUCGUUUUACGGCUCUCGCAACCGGCAUGUCCGACAGUGCAGCUGGCUCCGUUGCCGGACAGAAACGUGGAGUAGCGGUAGAGCAACCGGUAGGCCUGCUAGCCACACUCAUAGGAGACACGUCUGUCACACAGCGGUGGCUGAGGGGAGAAAUAUCCAAUUUCCAAUACCUCAUGCAUCUCAAUACGCUAGCGGGACGAUCGUAUAACGACCUAAUGCAAUAUCCAGUCUUCCCGUGGAUUUUAGCCGAUUACGAUUCCUUAGAACUCGAUUUGACUCAUCCGGCGACAUUCAGAGAUCUGACCAAACCAAUGGGAGCACAAAGUCCAGACAGGUUGGAACAGUUUAGAAAGAGAUAUAAGGAAUGGGAUGAUCCACACGGCGAAACACCGCCAUACCACUACGGAACGCAUUACUCAUCAGCUAUGAUAGUUUGCUCUUAUCUAGUGCGCAUGGAGCCAUUUACUCAGCACUUUUUGAGACUUCAGGGAGGACAUUUUGACUUAGCCGAUAGAAUGUUUCACUCGAUAAAAGAAGCAUGGAAUUCCGCUUCUCGUCAUAAUAUGGCCGACGUUAAGGAAUUAAUACCGGAAUUUUUCUACUUGCCAGAAUUUCUACUUAACUCCAACAACUUUGACUUGGGUUGCAAGCAAUCAGGCGAACCCUUGGGUGAUGUUGUUCUACCUCCUUGGGCGAAGGGAGAUCCUCGAGAGUUUAUUCGGAUGCACCGAGCGGCCCUGGAGUCUGAUUAUGUGUCUCAUAGACUGCACCAUUGGAUUGACCUCGUGUUUGGAUAUAAGCAGCAGGGUCAGCCUGCCGUUGAGGCGUGCAAUGUCUUUCAUCACCUAUUCUAUGAAGGAAAUGUAGACAUUUAUAAUAUUGAUGAUCCUUUAAAGAAGAAUGCGACGAUAGGUUUUAUAAAUAAUUUUGGACAAAUUCCGAAGCAGUUAUUUAAGAAAGCCCAUCCGAGUAAAAAAAUGUCCCAAAGGAGUUCUACUAUUUUGGACCCUAAUAACAUAAUACCAUCCCAGGGCAUAACCCCUCCGGAAAAGUUAUUCUUUCAUAAUUUGGAGAAUUUGAGACCAUCAUUACAACCCGUAAAAGAAGUCAAAGGUCCAGUCGGCCAGAUACUUUACACAGAUAAAGCAAUCUUGGCCGUGGAACAAAACAAAGUGCUAAUGCCUCCGUCAUACAAUAAGUAUGUGGCGUGGGGUUUCGCGGACCAUUCCCUACGAAUAGGAAAUUACGAUAACGAUAAAACGAUAUUUGUAUGUGAAACUGUCGCACAAGCGUGCGGGGAGAUCGUAACGUGUGUUUGUCUAUCUGACAAGACUAUCGUAACGGCUGGGACGAGUACCGUGGUGACGGUGUGGCAGUACUGGGCGCGGCGGCGGCGGCUGGCGGUGAAGACGUGCCUGUACGGGCACUCGGAGGCCGUGACGUGCCUGGCCGCCAGCGCCGCCUACAACCUCGUGGUGAGCGGCAGCCGCGACGGCCAGCUCAUCGUGUGGGACGUGGAGCGCGGCGCCUUCGUGCGCCAGCUGCUGCCCGCCGUGCCCGCGCCGCGCCCGCCGCCGGUCGCCGCGCUCGCCAUCGACGACCUCACCGGCGACAUAGCGACGUGCAGCGGCAGCUGGCUGCACGUGUGGUCCAUCAACGGCGCGCCGCUGGGCGCGGUGGACACGGGCGGCGGCGAGCGCGCGCCGCAGGUGCUGUGCGUGGCCUUCAGCCAGACGCGCGAGUGGGACCCGCUCAACGUCGUCAUCACCGGCUCCACCGACGGCGUCGUCCGGAUGUGGUCAAUCGACUACGUCGCGAAAACAGUCGACGAUGAAGUAAAAAGUACUGACGUAGAGAGUACAGAGGAACCACCGGAAUCUGUAGAUAAGGAAAAACAAAAGAAAAUGGGAAGUAUGUCUUUGCAUAAUAGUGAGGAAGCUAAGUCACAGAGUGAGGUGAAACCUGAAACGAAAGAAAAUACUGAUGACAUCGACUCAUGCGACAGAGAAGCUGCGAUUAAACGAGUCGAGGCAUUAGUCAAACAGAUGAGUUUAUCACAAGAACAUGAAGGAAAUCUCGCAAAAUCGGCAUCAGAAAGUUCGCUUUCGGAUACGGGAGAAACGACAAGUGCAAAAGAAUCCGCACGAAGACACGAAGAAAAAGAUACCUGCAGUGACAACGAAGAACCACAGUACGAGCAGAAGGAAGAUAUCGACUCCUGCGAGGAAACUAAAGAAUACGACAAUGAAAAAGAUUUAGACGAUGAAAGCGAGAACCUCACGCACAGGAGUAAAUUACAAAAGCAAGGCAAUGUUGUCCUGCGGAGAAAAUCGAAAGCUAAUCCUUUAUAUCGUAAAAGUGGUGGAAGCAUAGGCGAUUCGAGCGAAAUGAGUUCAGUGGAAGCGGCGCAGUCUAUGGAGGUGGAGGGCGGGCUGCGGCCGAGCAAGUCCGACACCAGUCUCACCGACUCCUUCGUAGUGCUGUCCGCGCCCGCCUCGCCCGCGCCCGCGCCCACACGACCCGUCGUCAAGGACACUUCUUAUGCCGGUAAGGCGGGCGCGGCGUGGGCGCGGCGCCUGGUGCUGCGCGGCAAGCUGACCAUGCACACGGCGUACGAGCGGCGCGACAACGCCUGCCCCGCCUCCGUCACCGCCGUGGCCGCCGCGCGUAGCGGCCGCGGCCUGGCCGUGGGCGACGCGCGCGGCCGGAUAUUUCGCUGGUCCGCCCCUGAUAUGUCGAGUGCUGCGGGCGCCAAGGGUGGUCCCGCAGAUCACUGGAUACGAGACGACACCGCCCCGUAUUGUACGCAGUGUCAAGUGCGGUUCACGGCGCUGGAGCGGCGCCACCACUGCCGCGAGUGCGGCGCCGUGUUCUGCGGGCGCUGCUCGCGCUACGAGGCGCCCGUGCGCCGCCUGCGCGCGCUGCGGCCCGUGCGCGUGUGCCAGCGCUGCCACGACCACAUCCACGCCGCGCACGACUAG